AUGACAAGUGAUAACUCCCCCUUUGGAAAGCACAUUUACUUCAUUAAUUUUCUUUUCAGAGGAACUAAUAAGUGUCCUUUCAGAUCAAGGAAGACUUCCUUCUUAUAUAUCGCAGAUAGGGUCAAGUCAAUUGCUCCAGGCAGAUCUGCUUUUUUAAGGAGAGAUGGGUUAGAGGUAAGAGAAAAGCUUGUGCCUCUUCUAAUUUUGGUGUCAUCUGAAGGCAGCUGGGGAAUUGCAUCUCUUUUGGGGACACAUACUUUCCCACAUAGACAUGCAUUUCCUAGCUUGCAUCUUUACAAUACGCUGUAA